CAUAGACCGACCUACAGCUACUUUCGCUCUUUUUAAUUUACUCUAACUCUCUAUUUGGAUAAACCUUAUCGUUUUCUUGCUGUAUACAAAGGAUUGGUACGUCGAAAGAGUCUCCACACAAGUUCUCCGGAUAAAGGAAGCAUGCUGAUUGAGGUCUCUCAUGUUCUGCCCACAGCUGCUAUAGGGCUUCUCGUCGUUGCUCUAUUUGGCCCUCUUGUGGAGGCACAGACUACGUUCGUCUGUCCUCCGGGAAUUUGCGACCGGAUCCGGUUUAGACCACCCACCAAGUGCAAGGGAACGAUUUUUAAGAACGCUGGAAUCUGUCAUUGUACCGAUGUGUGCGCCAAGCAACUUGGAGAAAUGUGUCAUACUGGCACGGGUAACUUUGUGACGAUCAUGGCCGCCACCUGUGACUAUGGAUUGGCCUGCCAGGAAGUGAUCAGCCAGGUGCAAGGCAUAGGCCGCUGCGUCUCGCGAGAAGCAUACACGGAUGAGCUGGUCCCACCUAAUCCCUCAUCGCGCUCCCACAUGAGGAGCAACAAGCUGAUGCGUUUACGACUAAAACGAGGACUGGAAGGCAUCGUUACCGACGCGGCUCGUCACCUCACGACGUGUCAGCAGCAUCGACUGCUCGUCCACAUUGCAUCGGUCAUCUUACUCAAUGACGUCUGGACACCGAGCUGUAAGAAGGACGGAUCGUACACGACAAAGCAGUGCACUAUCGAUGCCCUCGAUGCUGUGUGCCGGAUCUCAUUGCUGGAUUGUGGAUCUCAGUGCUGUGACCCGGAUCCCAGUGCAAGAGCCUGGAUCCACGCAGAAAAUCCUGGGAAGCAGACUGCCCGGUAG